AUGGCAAUAGCAGCAGCAGAACUAAAACAAUCUGUUACUUUCUUCCGACAGGUUUCGCGCGCCAGCGUACCUGGGCGGUCGUCUUUGGCUGCAAUUUCACAUGGAAAGCUACAGAAAGAAUCCUUUUCUCCUACUCCCGAUCUCCGUCGCUGUCUGGGCCACCACGGCGUCUACCGCAAGUGCGUGCAAGCCGCUCAAGAAGCCGCAAGCCAGCCUAUCCAUGCAUCAUAUGGCGUAAACAAUAACAAAUAUCAUACUACUCCGGACAACGCAACAAAACAUGAACCCACUACUACUACUACUACCCCUCCUAUCCGAUCACAAAUUUCCCAGGCCAUCAAAGCCAUGACCCAACGCCGACAUAUUAGUGCAUCAUCUAUCAAGCCUGAAAACGAUCUGAUCCGGGUACCAUCACGUACCUCGCCCCGGAAGAGCAAUAUGGCCGGUAGUCUGCAGUGCAGAGUCAAAUUAUUCUUCAGCCGGAAAUCUUUACCUGAGGAGCGGCCUCUAUGGCAGGAUGCCGCGGGUUGA